AUCACUCGCUCUCGCCGCCUGCUGCAGCCGAUUGGCUGAUUGGAGAGGCCACGCCCCUUCCUUCUUUCCUAUCCCUGAGGCCUAGAGCGCUCCAUGCGCCUUCAGCCCACUUCCUCUUUCUUCUUGCCAUUUCUUCUUCCGAGGCUCCGGGAUUCUCUACUGCCCUUUUUGUGCCAAAGAUGGAAAUGAUGGAAACGGAUAACAUACACCUAAAGCGUCCUCUUUCUGAGGAUAAAGAGGACAGUGCAGAUGAAAUUAAACGGCAGAAGGUCUCAGAAGAUCAACUGCAGGAAAAGGUGAAUUCUGACUGUAAGACUGAAGCUGCAGCAGAGGGGCCGGUGAAUCCUGUUCUCGAGGAUUCAAAAAAUGUAAUGGUGCUGAAUGAAGAGAGUGAAGACCAACAAGAUGAAGAAGAAAUUGAAGAAAGUGUGGGAGAAGGAGAGCCAGAGAGUUUUGCGGACAUGAUGAAGCAUGGGCUGACGGAACUAGAUGUUGGCAUAACAAAAUUUGUUAGUACUUACAAGGGCUUUUCUGGAAUAUUAAAAGAGAGAUACUCAGAUUUUGUUGUGCAUGAAAUAGGAAAAGAUGGACAUACUGUUCAUUUAGACGACUUCUCUGUGCCAGUAGAUGAGGAGGAUCCUUUGGAAGAAAUUUUUACAGUGUUGUCAGCUGAGGACAAGCAGCGGUUAGAAGAACUGCAGCUUUUUAAAAAUAAGGAAGGCAGCGUGUCCAUUGAGGUCAUUGAAGAUACUAAGGAAAAAAGGACAGUCAUACACCAGGCUGUAAAGUCUCUGUUUCCUGGAUUAGAGACUAAAACAGAAGAUUGUGAUGGGAAAAAAUACAUUGUUGCUUACCAUGCAGCUGGGAAAAAGGCGCUGGCAAAGGUCAGAACUUCGACAGAUCCAAGAAAACAUUCUUGGCCGAAAUCUAGGGGAAGUUACUGCCACUUUGUAUUAUACAAAGAAAACAAGGAUACCAUGGAUGCUAUCAAUAUGCUGUCAAAAUUUUUAAGAGUUAAACCAAACAUAUUUUCCUACAUGGGAACAAAAGACAAAAGAGCUAUUACAGUUCAAGAGAUUGCUGUUCUUAGAAUCACUGCACAAAGAUUAGCACACUUAAAUAAAUGCCUGAUGAAUUUCAAGCUUGGAAACUUUAGUUAUAAGAACCAUCCGUUGAAGUUGGGAGAAUUGCAAGGAAAUCACUUUACUGUGGUUCUCAGAAAUAUAACAGGAACUGAUGAGCAAGUUCAACAUGCCAUGCAAUCUCUCAGAGAAAUAGGAUUCAUUAACUACUAUGGAAUGCAAAGAUUUGGAACCACAGCUAUACCUACAUAUCAAGUUGGAAGAGCUAUUCUACAGAAUAAUUGGAAUGAAGUUGUGGAUUUAAUAUUAAAACCACGUCCGGGAGCUGAAAAGGGCUACUUAGUCAAAUGUCGAGAAGAGUGGGCAAAAACUAAAGAUCCAGCCGCAGCUCUCAGGAAAUUGCCUGUGAAAAGAUGUGUGGAAGGACAGUUGCUUCGGGGACUUUCAAAGUAUGGACUGAAGAAUAUAGUCUCUGCGUUUGGCAUAAUACCAAGAAAUAAUCGUUUGAUGUAUAUUCAUAGCUAUCAGAGUUAUGUGUGGAAUAACAUGGUGAGCAAGCGGAUAGAAGAAUAUGGUCUUAAAGCUGUACCUGGAGAUCUUGUGCUAAAAGGAGGUACUGCUACUUAUAUUGAGGAGUCAGAGGCUGACAAUUACACCAUCCAUGAUAUUGUUAUGCCAUUGCCUGGUUUUGAUGUUAUCUAUCCAAAGCAUAAAAUUGGGGAAGCCUACAAAGAAAUCUUAGCUGCAGACAAUUUGGACAUCAAUAACAUGAAGCAUAAAAUUCGAGACUAUUCAUUAUCAGGAGCCUACAGAAAGGUUAUCAUCCGUCCUCAGCAUGUAAGCUGGGAGUUGGUUGCAUAUGAUGAUCCCAAAAUUCCAUUAUUUACCACUGACUUAGAUAAAAUGGAAGGAAAAACACCUGCAGUUCUUGCAACAGAAGGCAAAUACAAGGCUCUGAAGAUGGACUUCUCCCUUCCACCAUCUACUUAUGCCACAAUGGCCAUUCGAGAAGUGCUAAAGAUGGACACGAGCAUAAAAAAACAGACACAGCUAAAUACAAUAUGGUUACGCUAAUGCUCGUUUGCAUUGAUUGGAUAAAAGUUUUAACAUGAAAAUUUGUUCUUAUUUAGUACUUUUUCACCCCAAGUACUUUCUAAUUAAAAUGUAUUUUUGUAUUCGCUUAAUGUAUAUGAUUUAAAAUCUGUUGCAAAACAAUGUUUGUCAAAAGUAUAAAAAAUUGGGUUUUCAAACUGUCAAAGCAAACAUGGUGCUGGAGCUAAUUGCAGGUUGUAACAUGACCGGCCUGAAGAAAAAUUGAUGGCUUUGUCUGUGAUUUCAGGUCUUCAGAAAUAUUCAAAAUGUGUUGUCGAAGGCUUUCAUGGCCAGAAUCACAGGGUUGCUGUGAAUUUUCUGGGCUGAAUGGCCAUGUUCCAGAAGCAUUCUCUCCUAAUGUUUCACCCACAUCUAUGGCAGGCAUCCUCAGAGAUUGGGAGGUCUGUUGGAAACUAGGCAAGUGAGGUUUAUAUAUCUGGAAUGUUCAGGGUGGGAGAAAGAACUCGUCUGUUUGAGGCAACUUUGAACGUUGCAAGUUCUGAUCAAGGUGGCCAACUGAAAUAGUUACACUUGCCUCAAACAGAUAAGAGUCCUUUUUCCCACCCUAGACAUUCCACAGAUAUAUAAACCUCACUUGCCUAGUUUCCAACAGACCUCACAAUCUCUGAGAAUGUCUGCCAUAGAUAUGGGCGAAACGCCAGGAGAUAAUGCUUCUGGAACAUGCCCAUACAGUCCAGGAAAUUCACAGCAACCCAAUAUUCAAAAUGUUUUAUCAAAUAUGGUGGUAGAUGUCUUCCUGAGUUUGGUACUAAAUAAAACUGAUUGCAAGCAUGCUCAGUUCUGUGAUACCAAUUAGGAUAGAAUAUUGAUGAAUCUACAUUUAUAUCUAGAAAAUAGAUAUAUUUAGCCUUAAGAUUGCUGACAGGAUCUGGGGUUACAACUAUUUCCCUUGUCAUGAUGUCCAUGUCUUUAUGUAAAAAUAUGUAACUGCUUUUAUUUGGGCUGCAACUAUUAAAUGGUUGCAUCUUUUUUCAACCUGUUUCUACUUGUAAAACAGCCGAUGAACUAUGGAUGUGUUUCCUUAAUUAUUGUUGUUUGGUUCCAACAUACAUGGUUUGUCUGUUGCAGGCAAUGGAUAAACUAGGAAAACCUAUUUCCUAGCAUGACAGGAUUAAAUAGUCCUUCUGAAUUUGA